AUGAGCUACCACCAAGGCCAGCCCAAGCUGGGGGCUACUUUUGUGCCAGGAGGCUUCGAUGACUACUAUAUGCCGGCUCCUUCGCCUGAAGUCAUCUCGCCUGCGCCUCAGCGGUUUGGCGGUAGGAUCAUGCCCGAAGUGCCCGAGAACAUGCAGGAAAACAUCGCGCAUCUGGAGUUGGAAGCCAACGGCCCUCGUGGUACCAACGGCGCCAUGUCCCCCAUGCAGAGCUACAAUCAGUCACAGCACCCCAACUUCCCGCCGCGGCAGGCGAGCUACCAGAACGAGCUGCCCGUCCACAACGACCAAUGGCCCGCCCGGCAAGCGAGCAUCUCCUCUGCCUUCCGCCAGCCCCCCAACGUGCAGCCCCAGUCGGUCCAGCAGCAGCCGUCGCACGACUACAACCAGUUCGCCCAGAGCCACGACUCGCCCAACUUCUCGCCCUUCCCCAAGCUCCCCAACAAGCCCCCGAACGUGCCGCCGUCCGACGAUGAGAAGGAGGCCGUCUUGGAGAAUGCGCGCCUGCCCGUGCUCAACUCCAACGACCCGGAGAUGCAGCUGGCAUGGGCCCAAGACGCGCUGCAGUACGUAGACGCCGCGCAGCUGCACGAGCAGCGCAUUUCAGAGAUCCAGGGCGCGAGGCCGGCAACCCCACAGGUCGAGCACCAGCUGCGGCUCGAUGCCAUGAACGUAGUCACCUUCCUGGCCGACCAGGGCCACCCGAAAGCGACCUUCAUGCGGGGCAUGUGGCUGGAGUUUGGCAAGUUUGGCAUGCGCGCAGACAAGAAGGAGGCCUUCAGAUGCUACUCCCGCGCGGCUGCAAAGGGAUACGCGAGGGCCGAAUACCGGAUGGGCAUGCAGUUCGAGCAGUCGAACGACCCGAUCAAGGCCCUGCAGAACUACAAAGCCGGUGCGGAACAAGGCGACUCGGCCUCCAACUACCGCCUUGGUAUGAUGACGCUACUUGGCCAGCACGGACAACCACAAGACUUUGCGAGGGGAGUGCAUCUCAUCAAGCAAGCUGCGGCUACUGCGGAUGAGAAUGCGCCGCAGGGUGCCUACGUGCUGGGCAUGCUGCAGGCGCGAGAGCUGCCUCAGAUCAACGUACCGGAAAUGUUUCUGCCCUACGACGAAAAGGGUGCAAGACAGAAUAUCGAGAAAGCUGCCUACCUCGGAUUUGCAAAGGCUCAGCUGAAGAUGGGUUCUGCGUACGAGCUUUGCAGUCUAGGCUGUGAGUUCAACCCGACCCUUUCACUGCACUACAACGCGCUCGCAUCUAGGCAGGGUGAGCCUGAGGCAGAUAUGGCUAUCAGCAAGUGGUUCCUCUGUGGACACGAGGGAGAGUUCAACAAGAACGAAGAGUUGGCAUACCAAUACGCACAACGUGCCGCCGCAGCCGGCCUUGCGACUGCCGAGUUCGCCAUGGGGUACUUCCAUGAGAUCGGCAUGAACACACCUGUCAACCUGGACAAAGCGCUCGAAUGGUACGACAAGGCCGAGAAGAACGGCAACAAAGACGCGUCUGCGCGUAUAGAGAGCAUCUCCAAGUUGUCGCGGACACUAUCGAAGAAGGACCAUGAGAACGUUGCCAUCAACAUGAUCAAGUCAAAGCACGGCUCCAUGCGAGGUCAGCGACCGGCGAGACUGCAGAAGUCACACGCUCCCAUGCCGUCGAUCAACGACAUCAGCCCUUCCGAUUACGGUGACAGCUCCCCAGGUGGCCGACUGCCAGCCAGGGGCGAUAGUACAACGCCAUACCCCAUGUCUGACCAGCCUCCAAUGAUCUCAAACGCGCCCAUGGCGGCACCCUAUGAUCGUCCUUCCACAGCAGCGCCAUAUCCUAUGGACAAUGGGCCUCCUCGGCUGAGCCCCCAACGGCCAGGUAUCGCGGGCGGAUUUGCGCCAGAGGUGAGAGCUUCUAGUACUCGACCUGUGUCCUCAGCGUUCAACAUCAAUCCCAACGUCUACCCUCCAAACGAUCCCUACGGCCGCGGCAGCCCGCGCCCAAACCCCGGGCCAGGUUAUGAUAUGGGGCCGAUGCCAAUGCGCCCUCACACGAGCGUAGAUAAUAUGGGCCCAGGGCGUGGCGGCCGUCCUUCAAGUGGUGGCCGUGGCGCGCCGCUGCCACAAGGAGGACCUGCAAGCUACAGACAACCUGGAGGGCCGAGUGCUCAGCGCCCGGAAGCGCAACCCCGUCCAUCAACCACGCAGCCUCCAGAUAUCGGAUACAGUGCACCAGAUGGACGUAACAAGCUGCAGAAACAACAGGGGGCGCCACUUAAGAAAGCGCCCACUCUGCCCGAUAUCGGGUACGUUGCACCUCUCGAGCCUCGCCAGCAUACCCGUCCAUCUACCGUUCAACCGGGCCAAGAGAGUAGAACCUCUUCGAGAAUGGACAGGCCCUCGACUACUACGCCAGGGCAAGGCUCUCGGCCCUCCUCACGGCCGGGCUCAUCAGGACGUCCCAGCGGAUACGACAACAUGCCCAAGCCUAACAGGGUGCAGACGUUGCAACAGCAGCAGCCACCUCCGAAGCCUGCGCCAGUACAAGCGAACAAGCCGGCCACACCUACACCGCCUAAGCCAGCCUCAUCGGCUUCCUCGGCGGCAGGCAAGGGUCCCAAGACAUUUGAUGAAAUGGGCAUAGGGCAGGCACCCAAGGAGGGCGAUUGUGUAAGUUGCACGUCCGGCAUGCACCAAGAAUUGUUUGCUAACCUCCAACAGGUCGUCAUGUAG